CAAUCUAACUGACUUCUGUUUAUAUCCCAAAAGGUGACUUUAGUUUUAUUCUUAUGGGUAAGCACGAGGUCUAGAUACGAAGAGAUAGCACCCUUAAAUUUUUGUGCGUCAUGCACGAAUCCCUGACAGGUUUUCCUCGUAAAGGAGGCUCUAUGCUUCAUCUGUGGACUACAGACAUAAUCCAGCUAAUGGGGAACUGGACGCAAACCUAUCAGCAGUUCUAUGGGCUAGAAAUCCAAGGACCAAGGUACAUAGAGUAUGCGUCACAACUUGCCAAAGCUGGAAACAGGAAGUCUAUGGUUAAGAGGACGUAUUGCUCAGAAGUAAUGCAAUCCUACAUCAAAGAGCAAGAUCCUUAUUUCGUGCUUGACACCUAAAAGAGUCCUCUCUACUCAAGCUUGAAUUUCAUAAUGAUAG